AUGGAAAACCCCAAAUUGAAGAACCAAAUGCCAUACAAAUACGAGGACAGGACUCUUCCCUAUCGGACCGAGUGUUACGAAGUGUCACCUGCAGAGUUAAAGUGUAUAAAAAAAUUUCCUCAAGGCCCAAGUCCUCUUCAUAUGACACCUCCAACGACUAAAAAAGUGAAUAUACUGAUUGACACCGACAUAGGAACCGAUUUUGAUGACGCACUAGCUUUGUUAUAUGCUCUUCAUUUAAAAGACGCGAAUAUGGUAGGUGUCACAACAACGUACGGCCCCACUGAAAUACGAGCUAUUGAUGCGCACAAGAUAUGCGAUCCGUUCUUUAAACUUCAUCCAGACUACCCCAAAUUUCCGAUAGUAGCUGGUGCAAGUUGUCCUCUUGGUUCUCAUCGAAAGCUGUUUCUGUAUGGGAAUGAAGGUCUUCCGUUCAUAACAUUUGAAGAAAGUCGAAAGAUGUCCGAGAAACAAUUAUUGGAGAGUCAAGACCAAUGGUUAGGUGCUGAUUAUAUCAAAUACGCUGCUGAGCACUUUGAGGAAUUGGUGAUUGUGUCUAUUGGCAUCCCAACUAACAUUGCCAGAGCAUUAACCAAAUACCCCGAAAUAGAAGAUAAAAUUGCAGAAAUAGUUGUGAUGGGGUGUGGCUCCGAAAUGCUGAAGAGUAAUGAACGAUUCUUCAUGAAACAGAGUUACGACCCAAAGGUGUGGGGGAAGAAGCAAUGUCCUCCUCCAUUUCCUUUACCAACUGAUGCAAAAGAGUUCAUCGAAUAUGUCGAAGCUGGGAAGCCAGUCUUCUUAUAUCCAAAUCACAACAUUUCAGGCGACACGUUGGCGUCAUCGAUUAUGUUCAAUAGCAAAAUCCCUAUCAAGGUAAUAACACACUCAGUCACCUCAAAGUUUUGGUUCAGUGGGGAAGGCAUCGAUUAUUUACAUAAAGCCGCAGAGAACACAGUCAAUAAGAAAGAGCCACAAAGACCAAUUGAAGCAACAGGACUGUUGAUGGAGAUGUGGUUUGGGAAAAGAGGGCAGAAUGGACAAUGCCCACAUGACCCACUUACGGUUAAUGAAGCUGUCUAUGGUGGCGAGCAGAGUCAUGUGGAGUAUGUCAAUGGGACUCUUUUGAUACAUGAGUGGGCUGGAUUUGCGACAUUUGUCCCACAUAAAGAGGGAAGACAUUUAUUAGGUGUAAAACCAGUCCACCCCGAGCGCUUUCUUGAGAAGCUCAAAACGACGAUAAUGACUGGAGACUGGUGA